AUGAUCCUCCUCGCGCGGACGAAGGACGCCGCAGCCAAGCAAUUUGAGACGUUCUUGACGCACUUCGAAAAGCGAUUUGACUGUUGGAUUCGCGUGCUCCGCAUUGACGGCGGCGGCGAGUACUCUAACGUGGUCCUUUUCUGCAAUCGCACCGGAGUGGCGCGGCAGAUCUCGGAGGAGAGGAACCAAGCUUAG